UUUAAACAGUUAUUAAUAAAAAAAAUCCGAUAUCCGUAAAUCUAUAUAUUUUUUCAUCUGAAUAUCAGGAAAGAAAUAUCCUUCUUCGUAUUGUGGAUUAAUUCCUUCUGAUCCGAUUCAAUCUUCGCAAAGUUUGUUAAAUUCUGAUUUUUACAGGCAAAAAGUUGAAAAUGCAGGGAGGCAGAGACCCCUUUUCCAAUUUUGGUAAUCCUUUUGGAAGCUUUGGUGGUUUCGGCGGAUUUGGAGGCCAGAGGAGUUUAUUAUCUGGCUUUUUUGGAGGCAGAGACCCGUUUGAUGAUCCGUUCUUCACAAACCCAUUUGGAGGCAUGUUUGGAUCGACCCCUUUCGGUCCUCGCGGAGGCCCAUUCAUGGACUCUCACAUGACUGGAUUUCUGGAACAACAGCCUUCUGUCCCUUUCCAACAGCAUUCUGUCCCCUUCCAACAACCUUCUGCCCCCUUCCAGCAGCCUAGGUCUAGGGGUCCUGUUAUUGAGGAGUUGGACUCUGAUGAUGAGAAGGAGGAAAGGGAUAUUUCGAAAGAUAAGGAACAGAACACAGAGGAGAAACAGAACAAGAGAAAGCAUGCUAGGUCAAGAACUGAGCCUUUUAUUGAAUAUCCAGAUGAUGGAGCAGGAGCAGAGAGAAAGAGUAAGCAAAUGGUAUUCCAGAAUGAUUUCCAGAGAGCAAAUAAUGUCCAACAGCCGCAAGUACGUAGCUUUAGCUUUCAGAGUUCUACCGUGUCCUAUGGUGGUGCAAAUGGUACCUAUUACACUUCUUCCAAAACAAGGAGGAGCGGAAGUGAUGGACUGACUUUCGAGGAAAGUAAAGAAGCUGAUUCAGCUACUGGGAAAGCAAGUCACAGGGUUUCAAGGGGAAUACAUAAUAAGGGUCAUUCUUUGUCGCGGAAACUCGAUUCAGAUGGCAGGGUGGACACCAUGCAGACAUUACACAACCUUAAUGAAAAUGAACUUGAUGGAUUUGAAGAAACCUGGAAAGGAAAAGCUAGAAAUCAGCUACCUGGCCUGUAUGGUGGGUUUAAUUUACAAGGUGAUACUGGGUCUGGGAGCAGUGUUCAGAAUGGUGUGAAUAGGGAUGGAUGGGCACUUCCUUCGACAGAGAGCGCACAUCAUUCGGGGAACCUCGGACAAGGUGUAGGUAAUGCUGCUGGCCCUUCCCAUCCAAUGCAUUCACGGAGGCCAAAAACAGAUGCUGGGAAUGUGAUGGGUUCUUCAAAGGGCACCACUGGUAGUAAUAUGGAGAGAGCUAAGAAACGUUGAAGCAUCUGUCGCAAAAGUUUCUGUGCUGCUUCACAAUGUGUUGUCAUGUAUAGCAGCUACUCUAGCAUCUUGUUAUUCUGCUUUUCUUUUGCAGAAAGCAGGCUCAUCUAUGCACCCUUAUCAUUCCCGCAUGCUACCAUUGAAUAAUCGUUGUAGCAGUUAAGUAGCAAAUUUGUGUAGCUGUUGUAAUGUGUGGCCGCUCCCGCCCUUUUUAUUGGGUGGUAUGAGAGAGAUUGGUCAGGGAUGGUUGAACAUAAUCACGUAAUAUUAGUAGCUUGUAAUUUUGAUCAGUUGAAUAUGUUUUGCAGCUUCAUAAA